UGUUGGGACAAAAGUCGAAGCUUUUGCUAACUUGUCCCAGUUAUCACAUUUUCUUCUCCCUUUACCACUCUUUAUAUAUUCUCUCUUAGACUUUGUUCAUAUCCUGUUUAUCAUCAUCUAAAUCUUAGCCUCAACAAGAUAUAUUUAGAGAGUGUGCUCCAUUUUCCCUCCUUUUUGAGAAAAAAUGGUUAAACUAGGAGGUGUACUUGUUUGUAUGUUGAUUGUUGCCAUGGAUGUAGUAGCUGGUAUUCUUGGCAUCCAAGCUGAUAUUGCACAAAACAAGGCUAAGCACUUGAGGCUUUGGAUAUUUGAGUGUAGAGAUCCAAGCCAGGAUGCAUUCAAGCUAGGGUUAGCUGCAGCAGUAGUUCUAGGACUAGCCCAUGUUAUUGCUAACUUGUUUGGUGGGUGCAUGUGCAUUUGUUCUCAAGAAGAGCUCCAAAGAGCAUCUCCUAAUAGACAACUGUCUGUGGCAUGCUUCCUCUUUACCUGGAUCAUACUGGCUGUUGGAUUAUCCAUGCUAGUGAUUGGCACAAUGUCAAACAACAAGUCAAGAGCCUCUUGUGGUUUCACACAUCAUCAUUUCUUUUCGAUUGGAGGCAUUCUGUGCUUUGUCCAUGGGCUUUUUUGCGUUGCGUAUUACGUUUCUGCUACUGCUGCUGUUAGUGAAGAAAAGCAUGGAGGCCAUGCUUAGGCUUCUCUUUUUUCAGGGUCCCAUUACUCUUACCUUUCAUGAUAUAAAGAAGGUUUCUUAGUUUGAAAAGCUGUAAAAUUUCUUUUAGUGCACAUUGCAUUUUAUUAUCUUAUCGUCACCCUAGCUAAUCGAUGGAACAUCUCUCAUGUUCAUCAUGCCGGGAGAUGCCUUGAGCA